CCAGUGCUUGUUUCUCACCAGUGUCUGUAUAGAGAAGCUGGGACUCGUAAUCUAGGCAGCUCAGGCUGUCUUCUACAGGAUCUACUUUGUUCUUUUUCCUUUCAGACAGAUGAAGGUACAAAUAUGAAAAAUCGUAAGAUUAUUCAGUGAUCUUCAAAUCAGAUGAUUCAGCUCUUCUCUUAGGAAACGCAACCAACUCCUCACAUCACGGAGGCCCAGCAUGAAUGUUAACUGUGCUGGUGGGACAGACUGGUCAAGAAAUCCGGAGUCCAAUUGCUCUGUGGAAAACAUAACCGUAGCAGUCCAUGAGUCAGAAGAAAGUAAUGUGGUGAUAGGAGGUCACAGCCCUGCUGCAGUUCCCAGGACUGAGGGUUUAGAUUCUGAAUGCCGACACACGGCUUGUCCAGUAAGUCCCCAGAUCAGUAGUAUGUUGUCUGCUCCUGAAGACACGCACAACUGUCAUUUCCAAGAUGGAAAUAAGAGACAAUCAGAAUAUUUUAAUACCCAGGAACGCCAUGGGUGCUGUGCUUUGUCUUCAAGCAGCAAUUCACAAACAGUGGCUCCAGAGAAAGUGACGCUUGUGGUAGAUGGCACUCGCUUUGCAGUGAAUCCACAGAUUUUCACUGCUCACCCUGAUACUAUGCUGGGAAGAAUGUUUGGACCGGGAAGAGAAUAUAAUUUCACCAGGCCAAAUGAAAAGGGAGAAUAUGAAAUUGCAGAAGGAAUUAGCUCAGCUGUGUUCCGGACUGUGCUGGAUUAUUACAAAACCGGAAUCAUUAACUGCCCUGAUGGAAUUUCCAUCCCAGACCUUCGAGACACAUGUGAUUACCUCUGCAUAAACUUUGAUUUCAACACAAUCAAAUGUCAAGAUUUAAGUGCUCUGUUACAUGAGCUCUCCAAUGAUGGUGCUCACAAGCAGUUUGAUAGCUACCUGGAGGAGCUAAUUCUGCCUAUAAUGGUGGAUAGCGCAAGGAAAGGGGAACGUGAAUGCCACAUUGUCGUGCUGACGGAUGAAGACACCGUGGACUGGGAUGAAGAUCAUCCACCUCCAAUGGGAGAGGAGUACUCACAAAUCCUUUACAGUUCCAAGCUGUACAGAUUCUUCAAGUACAUUGAGAACCGCGAUGUUGCAAAAGCUGUAUUAAAGGAACGGGGCCUGAAAAAUAUUCGCAUUGGCAUUGAAGGAUAUCCCACCUGUAAAGAGAAGGUGAAGAGGAGGCCCGGUGGCCGGUCAGAAGUGAUAUACAACUAUGUUCAACGGCCAUUCAUCCAGAUGUCAUGGGAAAAGGAAGAGGGCAAAAGCCGUCAUGUUGAUUUCCAGUGUGUUCGGAGCAAAUCUCUAACAAACCUAGUCACUGUGGGUGAUGACGUUUCAGAGGACCAUGAGGUUAUAAUGCAUCACCCUCCACAAGUAGAUGAACUCGACAGGCUAAACGCACCAUUCUCCCAAAUGGCUGUUAACGAUCUACCAGAUUAGUCGUGGCUCGGGGUGGAUAGUCCUGCUUCGUGUGGGAACGUCUCAGCAUAGUUCCAUCCCAGGUGAUGGAACACAAACUCCUGCAAGGUGCUUUAUCCUCAUUCAUGCUCUUACUACGUUGUCGUAUUUCAAGCAUGUUAAUAAAGAGCCACACUCCAUAGUCUUAAUUGUGCAAUCAAAAGCAACAUCUCCUCAAACAAAAAGAAAUUACGCUGUUUGUUUCUACUACAAAGGCUUCCAGAUUGGUAGGUGCUGAAUAUUUUACCUAAACUUUUAAAAGAGGAGCAGAAGUAUUUAGAAACGUCUUGUUUGACAUGAGAGAGGAAAUUCUGGGCCUGUCAAGACAAAGCUUUCCUUUACCAUUAGGCACUUAGCUUUGCUUUUGUGAUAAUCAGUUACAAAGGACUGAACAUCAAAGCAGGACAGAUGAUAACUCUUUCAUCAACCCGCAGAAAUGUAGCACAGUUGUGACAGCAAAAUACUGAGUGUGGAGGAAUGACGGCAAAAUCCUGAGUGUGGAGGAAUCUGUUUACACUGCCACCUGGCUUUGCAUCCAGCAUGUUGUACUGCUGUUCUAGGGAAGGAUGAACUAGUUCAAUAGGAAGCGUAUGCCUGUUCACGGGAAUUUCCCAUAUAUACUUCUCCGUAAGAUGGAAUCACUGUUUUUAGGGAUGUUGUCUGUUCAGCUCAGUAAAAUGAGUAGAUCAUGCUGAAGGAAAAAGCAAAAAAGAAGAGACUGUAGUUGAUAUUUUACCAACGAAGUAAAUCUGUUUAGUAGCCUAAUAGAUGUAAGAAGCUUUCUAGAGGUGACUAUGCAUGCUAAAAACUUUCAGUUGUCUCCUCCAUCCCCCUGCUAAGACACAAAGAGCCAGUGGAGGAGCUCCCAGUACAGACAGUUUACUACCUGAGUAAAAUCCUUGGUCUCAUCAACGUUAGUCAAAAUUUCUGUAUACUCUCCAAGGAGCACUCUACUGUUGCAGCUUUAAAAGGCCAGCUACUUUCUUCCCAAUUUGGAACUGACUGGACCGUUUUGCUGUCAGGCAGGUAAGAAAUACCAAUAGUAAACCAGCCUUCAGUAGAGAAAAAUACACAUACCUGGGAACAACUCUCCUUUGCUGCUCUGAGUAUAUUAUCCUAGUCUGUGGUUAAGGCUCUGUUCAUUUUGGAUUCAGGGCCAACAAAGCUGUGACUGUAAGUAUAGACACACUCCAGGCUGGUUUAGCUCAGUUAUAUUAGAGCCUAGCUGGUCCUGUUCCUGCAGCAGGGAGUUACCUGUAGGCUUGCUUAACCCCCUGAUUAGCACACAGUGAGUUCAGUACUGCCACAACCGAGCUGCUAUGUCAACCAGAACAGGCUUGUCUUACAAAGCCGUCAUUUCUGAUGGCUGUGUAGAGGUUUUACGUACCCAAAGCGGAGUACUUGGACAUGGUGCUGGUGCAAAGAAAAGCUGAAACCCGUUCAAAAAGGAAGAGAGGGAGAGAACUCCCUUGCAAAGUUGUUAAGUGCAGGUCAGUUCUGCUCUUGCAAUUGACUGCUGUUGAAACCUGUAACACGCACGCAUUGAGUUACCUGGUCAUACUUGGCAAAAUAGAGGUAGGUAUCGGUCUACUCCUAGGAGGUUUAAUCCUUUGUUGUCAGGGUUGCCUCAUCGAGCAAAUUUUUAUUAUUCUCCAUCUGUCUGCAAAGUGUAUGGUAGACUUAGUAUUGAAGAUUACUGUUACUGUUUUGCUGCUAAGGAUGGGGGUUUUUUCUCAGUGUACGUAACGUGACAAUAUCAAUCACAAAUUUUCCUGAAGGUUUAUGAGUGUCAUUUUAGUGAAGAGUAACAACAUCUCUGCCAAGGCAUAUACUUGCUGAUAGAUUUAGUUCCCAUUUGUAUGGAUACAGGUUCCAUUAUUUGCAGUGUUUCUGUUCUUAGCUUCUUUCCUAAGUGCGGCAAAUAGAUUUCUUCUUUUUAUAAGUGCCUAUGGGAAGAUUUCCAAAAGUGCUUCAGGACCUCCCGAGAGUCCCAGGGGUUCAGAUGCCCAGGUCCACCUGACUACUUUUGAAAAAUCCUCCCUGUGUGUCAUUGGAUCAGUAUAGAGAAGUGUCCUUCAGUAUCUGCACAGAGGUGGUGUGCAGUCACUUUCCAUUAUUGCUCUAGAUGAAUUUCUAUUUUUGUAGUAGAGAAAGGAAGACAUAUGGACCGUUAACCUUCCAGCUAAGGGCCAGGCCAAACCCAUUACCUGCCUUGGUAACGAGCCAUUCCCACAAGUCAAGCAAAGGCACUGCUGAGACUGUCUGCCCAGCAGUGAUGGAGCUUGCCCCCCGGCCCUAUGGAUUUUUUUUUGG